GCACAUCAUCUAUUGGUAGUUUCAUGUAGUUCCAUGCAAUUGUUGCCAUGUGUUGCCCGGCUUUGGUUAGACCCUGAUAUUUCCCGAUACCGGGUAGUGGGAGAUAAUACUGGUCAAAUGGCCAUCAAUGUCCGUGUCAUUGAUAAGACUAAUAAGCCCCUGUCACGCUCGCGCGUACUACCGGUAGUACCAAAUGUGUACAUAGUCCCAAGCUAUGAACAGGAACGAAUCUCGUCUGCGCGGAGCGAGAACAAAAUAAUGUCGAAUUUCCUGUUUAUCAUGGCUAGUCGAACGUUUGCGGCUGUUUCUGUUACCGAUUAUUCGACCGCGGCUCUUCAACUUCAUAUCCACCAUGGCAUCGUGUAGAAGGACAUCCACUACCGGUACAUCUCUCUCUAACCUGUGAUCUUUCUUUGCGCAAGUGGUGCGAGCGAGACUUGGUGUAGGUAAGCAGCGAGAUGUCGAGGUAAUCGCACAGUGUGAGGGGAUAUCAUCCCUAACAUAAGCACUGUAUUCUGGGUCGUCCCUGCCGCUCUGCGUCAUUACCUACAGCCAGGGCUGCAGCUGCCAUCCGGGUUCUUAGGUGCCUACGAUGGUUCAACCUCCUUCGUCGCCCGCCAGCGUAAUCGAACAUCUUCACAAACGAUGCCCUGAUAGCCUCUCACCAAGUACUCGUCGUGGUUCUUCGACGCCCCAUCUCCCGCCGCAAAAAUGGCGUCUAACGCGAGUUCCCUCACAUCCUACUUGGAGUCGUUGCCUGGCACCACGUUUAGAAGACUUUACCAGCAACCCUCCGCUGCAUUCGCCAUCUUUCGGCGUAUGCUCCCGAAGCUAGCCAAGACAAUUGUAAUGGGAAUACUCUACAUGCCGAAUCCAUUCACCGUAUCCGACCUCGAUGCCUGGGUGAGAGCAAGUGCCAAGCGAGAGAAAGACCAGGUCAUUUCGAUCCUACGCUCCCUCCAUAUAAUAUCUCGCGACAACCCUUCUAUAAUAGCUCUAACGCCCAACUUCCGUAAUAGCUUGCGCAUGGUACUCGAGGGCACGGGCGAGCAUCAGUCAUUCGGCGUACCCUCCGAAGAGCCAAUCCCCCCAGAUGUGGAUCUGAAUUUUCUCGAUCAUUAUGCAAAGGGAAAAUGGGACGGCAUACUACAUUUUGUUGUCAACUCGGCAGUCAGCAGCGGACCGGGCGACCGCGGUUCUAAUGGCCCUAAGCAGUCUGUCAAAGACCUCAUGAUUAGGGGUCACCUUGUGGAGCGACGAGGUGGUAGUGGCAUCAGCAUUACGCAGGCAGGGUUCACCUUCUUGCUGCAAGUCACAAACUCCCAAGUCUGGAAUCUCCUUCUGCUCUGGCUAGAAUCCGUCGACGCGGCUGCGUCUGCUAAGGGCACAGAUGAAGCCUCGCGCGAAGGCCUCGACAGCGUUGACAUGCUCUCGUUCUUCUUUCUCCUCGCCUCCUUGGAGCUGGGGCGAGCAUACGACACAGAUGCGUUGACUGAAGCACGGCGUAACAUGCUACCGAAUCUCGUCGAUUUUGGCCUUGUUUACGUCCCGCCGACCAAUGCCCGACAAUUCUUCCCUACGCGCCUCGCGACUACAUUAACGAGCAGUGAGAUGCACACCCGGAGCAUAAGCGCCGGUUUCGCCGCCGCAGCCCAUGCAGGCACCGUGGAGUCGAAUCAGGAGAAGAGCGCCAUCAUACUAGAGACUAAUUUUCGCGUGUAUGCAUACGUGGAUUCGCCACUGCAAAUCGCUGUGCUCGCCCUCUUCGUUGAUCUUAAAUACAGAUUUAAAGGACUUGUUAGCGGUGUCUUGACGAGAGCUUCUAUUAGGCGUGCCGUAGAUAUGGGUAUCACAUCAGAUCAAAUAAUUUCCUACCUAGCCACUCACGCACACGAGGAAAUGCACCGUGUCGGUGCAGCGGCUCAGAAGCCCGUGUUACCCCCCGUCGUCGUCGAUCAGAUCCGCCUCUGGCAGCUCGACACAGAGCGUAUGCUCGCCACCUCGGGCUUUCUAUUCAAAGACUUCGACGACUAUAAGGAGUACAACGAGAUAUGCAAUUUCGCUGACGAUAUUGGCGUCGUGGCCUGGCGCAACGACCGCAAGGGAAUGUUCUUCGCCACCAAAGUUGACCAGAUUAAGGAUUUCAUGCGGACGAGGAAGAAAGCGAAUGAGUCGAAACAUGAUAAUGGUUCUCAACCACCACCCUGAACUAUUAUGGAUAAACGGACUUGUCGAAAUACUAAAACGACGAAUCCCAUUCUUCAUUUUUAUUAUCUAGUCGAGGGGCUAGGGUCAAGGUAGGGGGAAAAUUCGGGAUUGGCGUUUGAGGAAUUAAAAAAAUUGCAUAAAUGGUAUGGAUAUGGUGGCUAUGAAACCUUUUCACUAGAAAAGGCUGAUUGUUUAAUUUGCUUUAAAGAGCGGAUGAUUACUCGAGCGUGUAUCACUAUCAUGAGAAUAGACGGGUGAGAACAAGCUGGCAGGCAGGCAAGCGAGGAGUAAAUAGAUACCAGUUUCGUUUAGACUCGUGUGUUGACGUACAGUGCUUGGUUGUUGAGAAGUGGUGAAUGAAUGCUUCUUCCAAUUCAU